AUGCGUAUUCGCCUACAGCCUCGCAGGAGACCACAAGGUAAGCGACCCCCAGGUAAGCUGAAUGUUGCCUUGUUGUCUUUGCCCGCUCACCAUCUUCAUUUCAGCAAUGAGCUAGCUCAACGGCUAGACAACUUUCCUAUCGCUGCCGACGCCGCCGCUGCCGAGAACGCCUCCGUGGAGAACCGCUGGUGUCAACUGCGAGACACGUUCCAGUCGACGGCGCUCGCCGUCCUCGGUCGCGCUCCCCGCCAACACCGGGACUGGUUCGACGACAACGACGCCGCCAUCAGAAAUCUGCUUGCUAAGAAGAGCCGUCUACACAAAGCUUACGUAGAGCACCCCACUGAGGACAACAAAGCUGCCUUCUAUCGCAGUCGUCGCCACCUUCAGCAACGACUACGCGAGAUUCAGGACGCCUGGACUGCUCGCAAAGUUGAGGAGAUCCAAGGCUACGCGGACCGCAACGAGUGGAAAGACGUCUUCUCCGCUAUCAAAGCUGUCUACGGUCCGCCGACGAAGGGCACUGCUCCUCUCCUCAGCACCGACGGCAACACUCACCUGACUGAGAAGACGCAAGUCCUGCAGCAAUGGGCCGAGCACUUUCGAGAUGUCCUCAACCGCCCCUCCACCAUCUCCGACACCGCCAUCGACCGCCUGCCGCAAGUGGAGACCAACGUGGACCUCGACUUCCCGCCAUCUCUCCAGGAAACCAUCAGGGUCGUGCAACAGCUCCCCAGCGUGAAGGCACCCGGAUCGAACGCAAUACCUGCUGAGGUCUACAAGCACGGAGGUCCCCGACUCAUGGACCGCUUGACUGCGCUCUUCCAGGAUGUGUGGCGUCAAGGUGAAGUCCCGCAAGAUUUCAAGGACGCAACAAUUGUGCACCUAUACAAGCGAAAAGGGAACGGCCAAAUCUGCGACAAUCACGUGGCAUCUCCUUGCUGA